UGUUGGUUGUCACGGCGUGUGAUCCGGAUUUAACGCUGGUCAGAGGCUUGAUCACUGUAUUGCAAGACUCUGCAGGGGAUAGUACACACUGCAUACAGGGGAGAAGAUGUCGUUUUCCUUGAUAUUUACUCUGAUUGCACUUCCCCUGUUUUACACACAAGUCAAUGCAGAUUGUAGGGGGAAAGCUGAUAUUAUAAUAGCAGUUCCAGGCUCUGUGAAUAUUCCUGGAGAAGAAUUUUUCCCUUUUGAAACAUUUUUACACAUGCUUGUGGACUAUUUUGUGUUAGAUGAGAAUAACGUUAAUAUUGGUUUCGUGUUGUACGGAAAUGAACCAACAAUUGUGAGUCAUCCUCAGCCUUUCAAAGACCAGGCUCAGACAAAUACGAGAGCCACUCUUCUCACUCAGAGGGAAAACUACAUGAACGUUAUCGGCUCUCCACCAAAUGUUGCCAAAGCUUUGACUUUAAUGCGUGCCAUGUUUCAAAACCCCAGUGGUUACCCUAUGGAACGACCUCGCCCUGGUGUAAUGAAAAUUGGAGUUAUUUUUACGUGGGGUGCACAGCCUGUUGAAGCUUUCGAUGACGUGAUCAGGGUUGCUGAUGAUCUUCGAAUGGAUGGUGUCACUAUGUACGCCGUAGGAAGAAGUCCGAUUGGUCCCGAGUUUGCUAGACUAGCCACAGACGAAUGCAAGCUUUUUAGCAUGGGGAAUUUCCAGGAAGGUCUGCCCAGUGUGCUUCCAUACCUUGGAAGCAGCAUCUGUACACAUAUGGAUCCAAUGAUUAAUGCAUCUUCCAUCAACUGUUUUCCUAAGUUUUGGAAGCCAAGUCCAAAUCCCCCUAUCAUCUGCCCCUCUAUGAGUGAGAUUUUCCAGGAUCCCUACAAUUGUGCCUACUACUACAAGUGCGACCUGAGUGUUGCCAGGAGAGAGCGAUGUCCUUCCAAUAUGUUGUUUGACAACUUCAUUCGCACCUGUAACUACAAGGACGCAGUCACGUGCUACUCCAGGAUGACGUGCCCGGAACCUAACGGACUUUUCCCUCAUCCUGAAUCCUGUAACAAAUUUAUGAACUGCUUUAAUGGAAUUCCGUACGUCCAAGAAUGUCCUCCAAAUCUCUAUUUCAAUGAAAGAACCAAACUUUGUGAUGACAGACAAAAUGUGCAGUGCCGUUUACAAUAAAUUAUGUCUCAAGACUUUCACUACAAGGUGAAAUAUUUAAUCCCAUAUCAACUCAAAGUUGUUCCCAGUGCUUAUCUACCGCAGGUCGUUUAUAUAUCUAAGGGUCAAAAGUAUAUCAAUAAUUUAAAGAAACCUUUAUUGUAUGCAAAAUUAGAAAAGCGACGUAAAGCAUGCUUUCCCUAUUUUAAUCAAAGGAAAAUUAAAGGACCGAUGACAAAUACAUGUACAGUGUAAUAAGAAAUACAUUGUACAUUUACUUUCAUUUUAUCGUUGAUAUUAAACAUAAUUAUUUAAUAAAUGUUUAUUUU